AUCUAUCUCAGCCUCGUGUUUUCGAUGAAAGAAUUUCGCAAAAAGAACAUAUAAACGUACGCUGUCGGAUUUCUAUCAAUGAAUAGGGCUAAUAAUAGCCUUGUAUUCACAGCAUACAGUCAAAUUGCAAACGGUAGCUAUACAAAGGUAUUGAUGUAAAGCACAAAUCCCGCUAAUUGGAUUUUAACACAAAAUGAUAGGCAUUUUCCGGUUCGAACUUUGUUGUAUGCACACUGCUCGUCCGCAAGAGAUUCACAUUACGCCUGUCAUCUUUGAAAAAUUAGCAGUUAUUCGAUAGUAGCUCGGGAUUAAAGGGGUUUCCUAAAUGUAUUUAUUAUCAAUAUAAUUUUAGCUUGAGCGGCUCAUUUUCUUACACACAAGUUGCAACCCCAAAAAAUUAUUUUUCGUUAUAGCUGCCGAUUGAAAGAUAUCGCACAGCAUUUAAAGCUGGCAUCUGACCCUUGUAAAUAUCUUCAGCUAGGUGAAUGAUCUCUUCUUUCUAAUUAUCGUUUUUCCUACCUAUUUAUUGUAGGACUCGACUCAGGAUAUUUUCGAAUUGCGGUAGUUGAGAGCUUGCUUUAGAAGGCCUUGCACAAAAAUGAAUAGAGUCGAUCCUAGUACAGCGCAGAAGUCUGAAGAUCAUGAAGCUAGUUCUAAACGAAUAGGGAACUUUCAAAUAGGUGAAUCUCUUGGGAGGGGUGCAUUUGGAACGGUAUACAAAGGUCUUAACUUCGAGACUGGAGAGACAGUUGCUAUUAAGCGCGUGAAGAUAACAGGUAUUCCUCCUGGUGAGCUCGUUAACAUUGAAUCGGAGCUUGACCUUUUGAGAAAGCUUAAUCACCCAAAUAUCGUCAAAUAUGUGGGUAUCUUGCGUUCCGAUAACUACUUGAACAUUGUGCUUGAGUUUGUAGAAAAUGGAUCUCUCCUAUCGAUCUUGAAAAAAUUUGGUAAUUUCCCUGAAACGCUUAUUGCGGUCUAUAUCACGCAAGUUUUAGAAGGUCUUGCUUAUCUGCAUGGUCAAGGUGUUAUUCAUAGAGACAUAAAGGCUUCCAACUUAUUGACAACAAAGGAUGGAGGAGUGAAAGUAGCUGAUUUUGGUGUGGCAACCAUUUCAAAGCCUAAUCGGGAGUCUGAAAAUAUAUGCGACAAUGUUUUGGGCAGUCCAUAUUGGAUGGCACCAGAAAUUAUAAUGAUGAAUAAAGCCCAACCUUCUAGCGACAUCUGGUCUCUUGGAUGCACCAUCAUUGAAUUAAAGACAGGUGAACCUCCUUACUAUCAUAUGCCUCAAUUGUCUGCUAUGUAUCACAUAGCCGAAUCGGAAGAGAUGCCAUUUUUUCCUCCGAAUAUCUCUGAUAGUCUUACCGAUUUUCUUAAGAAAUGUUUCGAACGUGAUCAAGAGAAACGUCCAUCCGCCAGAGCCUUGUUGUCUCAUCCAUGGAUCAUUGCUUCUCGCACGCGCCUCAAAAAAAAGGAAGUUAUAGUAAAUAUGCAUUUUUCUAGCGGCGCAGCUGGCAUUGUAAACAAUCUCAAGGGAGAGCAGCCAUCGUCUGCUAUAGACAGCUCAAAAUUAAGUAACGACGUCGCCGUCGAAAAUAAGCAGCCUGAGCUUGAACUGAUCCUACACAGUAAGUCGUCUGGAGAGCUUAGCGUCAUUGAUGUACUAGAAGAUGUUAUUGCGCUCCAAGAAAGGCUAGAAGAGCUACGCCAACAGGUCGUCAUAGAAUUCAGAAAUAAUCAGCUUCUCGAAGCCGAUGUCAAGCGCUUAGAUAAGAAAAUCGAGCUUCUGAUAAGGAAUCGCAUUUCUCUCGGGGAAGUCAUUAGAUCGCAAAAGACCUCUCGUCUGAACAGGAUGUGUGAUGACUACGGAGAACAAAAUUCUACAAACAGUACAAGUAAUUCGACCCACUGGAAGACUGAUGCUCUGAUGGAGUUCUAUGGGAUGCUUUUUUAUCUACUUCAGACGAAUCCGAAGUAUUUGACGAGCUUUAUUUUUUUUCGAUUCGAAGGUUCAGAGAAAUUCAUUCAGACUUUGAUCUUAACUCUUUUUGGCUUUGCCUUUUCAGCGCGUGAAGAAUAUCUCUUGUUGCAGCUUUUCCAUACGGCGAUUCAACGAGAGAUAGGCAACCUUACUUCGAUCAACGCAUUUUCGGAGGAGGCCAGUGUCCUGCUCAGCAUGAUUAUCGCGUACAAUCAUCGUGUCCAGGAGCGGGAUUUCUUAAAGAGCGUCUUCGGAGAGUGCAUUAAAGUUGUGCUGCAAAACAAGCAAUGGAACUUUGAAAUUGAUCCUAGAAAGAUAUAUGAUCAACUACUUAACGAGAAGGAAAUAGAGACAGGAAUCAUCAUGGAGAGACUGAAACCUGACAUGACCGACGCCCAGAUACUUGAGAAUGAAGAAGUAGAUACUAUCUGUCGUGAUCGUGUGGAACAGCUUUUGAAAGUUACAGACAUGUUUUUCAAGCGGAUUAUUGAAUCUCGGGACUACUUUCCCUAUGGUCUACGUCAUAUCAUGCAUUUGAUAAAAUCAGCCCUAUGUUCGAAGUUCAAGGACCAGGAGAAUAGUAUCAACACGCUUUUAUGCUAUAUUGCUUACUAUCGCUUUAUGAAUCCAGCUCUGAUCGCCCCCGAGGACUACGAGAUGGCUGAUACACUCGACAUGCAGCAACGGGUCAGUCUCAUCGCGAUCAGCAAAAUGCUAUCUAAUAUUACUAACAAUCGGUUGCUGGACGGCGACGCUUCUCAUAUUCAAAAAAUCAACGCUUAUAUUCAAGAAAAAAAUGUUGAGUUUAGAGAUUUCUUGACCGAUGUCAUCAGAGAUGUUCCUGAAUCUUCUGAAUACUUUAAUAUCAGUGAUAAGUAUCUAGAAUACUGUCAGACGACAGACCCAGUCAUCUAUAUUUCGCCUAAUGAAAUGUUUUUAACUCAUAGUUACAUUUACAAGCAAAUUGAUAAAAUUACCUCCGGCCCGAAUGAUGCCCUUCAUAAGCUGAUCUCGUCAAUGCCGAAGCCUCCCUCUAUCGUCGUGGAUGAUCCAAGCUAUGAAAGUGAAAUCGCGCUUACCCUCAAGCCAGUCUUUGACUCGGAACAAUCCUUGUUGUCCGCUUCUUCCACCAGAUUGACCAAGCUCUACAAUAAUACGAAAAAAAUGAUCGUCGACAUUAUCAAGAAUAGUCACAAGGACUCUCUAGCUAACAUGAAUUUGUUCGAGGUUUUGACGAGUCCGCAAGUCUUUGGCGAUAGCAGACUAAACCAACGCGUCAGGAAAAUUUUGUCGAACUUGGACAAACUCCAAGAAAAAGGUAUGGUGUCCAAAGAUGACAACUACAACAGUAUUCUCAACGACAUCCAGAACGAUCUGGCCCAAAGAGCAUCUGUGUGCUCGCAACUAGAGAAAGAGAUCAAACAGCUCAUGAUUACUCUGGCGCGCCUCAAGGAAAGAAGCGUGUACUUGAGCAAUCAACUUACUGCCUACAACGACUAUGUGAAGGGAUGUUUGGAACAGAGUGUCUUAUAUAAAAAGAAAAAAUCUAACAGCUCGCGUAAAAAAAUUGUCACGAAAUACAGUUGCGGUCAGCUUCUAAAAAAAGGCGUGAUUGUCCAAAUCGAGGUGCCUCCGUCUCAGCACUCGGUCUUAUCUUUUGAAAUCGAAGAAACGAACCGUCCCGGUGUAUUCAGCGUGUCCGUGUUUGCUGCAGGGAUCAAAGUGCAAACUAUCCCUAUUGAAUUAGAAGAUUUAUUAGAAAAGCAAUAUAACGGAAUAUAUAUUUUAGAUCUCAUGGAUGGUAGAGUCAAGCUCCGAAUUAACUUACUUAUACAUUUACUCAACAAAAAAAUGUCUAACAGAUAAUCAGCUAUUUUUUGUAGAAUUAUCCAUCUAUAUGGUCGAAUCAAGCUUUCCAGCCUUCUAACCAAAAAAUCUCCUGAAAUUUUACGUUUUUUUGCUUUCUCUUUUUUUUUUGUAGCCUUUCUAUUUCC